AUGUCGCCAUCGUCGCCGGUGCCGGCGAGGCCGGAGAAUGUCGCCUCCGGCCCGGCCACUACGAGUAACGCAUUCCACGUGCUUAACUCUGGCGGCGGCGCCGGAACGUACCUGGGGCCUCCCCAUGCCGCCGCGUUGCGUUCGCCACAGGUGCGCCCCAUCACCGGCUUCGGCUACCCAGCCACCGGCGUUGUUGCCCCCGCAAACGUGGCUCGUCCUCCCGGAGGACAGCUAGGGGCGCGAAUGGAGAUAGUGCAGCAGCUCAUGCACUUAGCUGGAUGGGGUAACCUCCCGUCACCGCCAUCGCCAUGGCUCCACAACUACGCGGCGUUCAUGUCCCCGCGAGGCCAGCCAUUGCUGCUGUCCCCCUCCGCGAGCGGUCCGCCAGGAGCCAGCGGGAGCAGCGUUGCCGUCCGUGGUGUCGCCCGCAGGUACGCCCCCGGUCCCGGAGGCCGCCGUAAACCACCGAACGUGAGGCCGCUUCAGAUUACCGAUGCCGCCACAGUCGCCGCCGGAUCAGCCAGCAAGAAGAAGGCAGUUGGCGCGGCGCAACACCUGCCCCCUGUGCUCGCCAUGCCGACCACGGUUGGAGGCGAGGUGGCCGCCGCGGCGAAUGGCCGUGUCCGGAAGCGCGCACCCAAGGAUAAGGACGGCAGCAAGCCGGAGCCGUCCAAGAAGCCCAGCCUGCCCAGGCAGAGGGCCGCCAGCAAGCAGCGAACGGCUGGAGACAUGAACGCGGUCGCCGCCGACGCGAAAACCCCCGGUGUCGAGAACCAGACGCCCAGCAACGAUCUUCAGAUCGUCCCUGUUGUGCCGCCGCCAACGCCGACCAACAGAAGGAAGAGGAAGCAGAAGUCGCCGAGCAGCAGCGUGGUCGCCAGGAGGAGCAGCGCGGUCGCGGCGGCGAAGAGGCACACCAUACUGGCAUGGCUGAUCGACGCCGGGUUCCUGUCCGACGGGGAGAAAGUGUUCUACGUUCCAGUGGACGGCAAGGUCGUCUCGGGCGCGGUGACCAGGACGGGAGUCCACUGCGGCUGCUGCGACGCCGUGGUGCCGCUGCCGUCGUUCGAGGCGCACGCCGGGCGCGACCCCGGGCGGCAGCGGCGGUCGUGGGAGAAGCUCCUGCUCGUGUCCGGGAGCUCCCUGCUGAGGCGCAUGCAGGAAGCGUGGGAGAAGGAGCGGGUCAAGAUGUUCCUGGUGCAGGAGAAGGCGAGGGCGGCGCUGGAGCAGGAGCAGGAGAGGAGCGCGCAGGCCAAGAGGAGGCUCCUCGCGAAGCAGAAGAAGGGCGCCGUCGAAGGGGUCGUGACGCCUCCUAGACCCAGAACGAAGAUGAGGCCCGGCGCGAAGGAUUCCAGCGACGACGCCUGCGGCGUCUGCGGCGACGGCGGCGAGCUGCUCUGCUGCGACAGCUGCCCGUCCACCUUCCACCCGGCGUGCCUCGCCAUGAAGGUUCCACAAGGGUGGUGGGCUUGCCACUACUGCCGAUGCGUGCUGUGCAUGGCAAAUGAUGAUCAGGGCUUGUCCACAUGCCAACACUGUAGUCUCAAGUAUCAUGAGGUUUGCCGUCGUCCAUCCCUAAGCAACGGGCGCGGCAUCGGCGCAUACUGUAGCGAAACCUGCAAGAAGGUGUCUGCUCGGUUAUCAGACAUGGUAGGCGUAACAAACCACACCGAAGAUGGUUUCUCAUGGGCUCUGCUGAAGAUCCAGAAAGACGAGGCCGUCAGUUCACAGGACACUGCUGCUGUUCUUGAAUGCAACGUGAAGCUUGCGGUGGCGCUUGGCGUGCUGAACGAGUGCUUCAACCCGGCCAAGGAUCGCCGAACUAAGAUCGAUAUGCUCCACCAAGCUGUCUACAGCCUCGGAUCAGAAUUCAAACGGGUGAGCUACGAAGGAUUCUACACCAUGGUUCUGGACAAGGAUGGGGAAACCAUUGCAGCAGCCCUGCUGAGGAUCCAUGGCACAAAGGUCGCCGAGAUGCCGUUCGCUGCCACGCUGCCAGCUUACCGGAAACAAGGGAUGAUGCGUCGGCUGGUGAACGCUGUCGAGCAGGUGCUGGCGUCAGUGCAAGUGGACAAGCUGGUGAUACCGGCCAUAGCUGCUCUGGUGGACACCUGGACGAGGUCCUUCUCCUUCAGGCCCCUGCUGGACCCCGAGUCGAGGGAGGAAAUCAGGAGGCGGAGUCUGGUGGUCAUCGCCGGCACCACCCUGCUCCACAAACCCCAGGCGCCGCCGCUCACGGACGACGAGCGGGCCUUCCUGGACACGGCGCCGCUCGCCUGCAGCUUCACCGACCUGCUGGUCACCGGCGAGCUGCGCCUGUGCGCGGGGAACUCGAUCGCCUGCUGUUCCUCAGCCUCCGUGCGGUAAGGCGACCGCGACGGGCGCUUCAGCUCUGGGAUUUGGAGACGACGCUCGCUCCUGCGUCCAUGCCUGACUGUCACGGUGUCACCAGGCGAACCUCUCAUUAGUGUCCCGAAUCUCUCAGUAGUGUCCGGAGAUCAAACUCCGGCGAACCUCUAGCUGCUGUCGGUGAUCGGACAAUGGAGUGUCCAAAAGUGUUGUGCACGCUAUUUAAUCACUCCGUUUUUCCUGAAUAAUUCAUCCGUUACAAUUUAUAAUUA